AUGGCAAUCGACCAAAAUGUCGAAGAGUUGUUGAUCAUGGGAGACUCAGAUCUGAUUAUCCGGCAAGCCCUAGGAGAAUGGGAAACCCGAGAUGUUAAGCUUAUCCCUUGCAAGAAGCAUGUGGAACACCUCAGCAAGCGAUUCAAGUCAAUAGAGUUCAGCAAGCGAUUCAAGUCAAUAGAGUUCCGGUACAUUCUUCAUUGUCACAACGAAUUAGCUGACACACUUGCUACUUUGGCCUCAAUGCUGCCGUAUCCAGGCAAUGCUCGCAUAGAUCCCUUGGAAAUUCAAAUCCGGGAAAGGCAUGGUUAUUGUAAUACAAUUGAAGCAGCACCAAAUACCCAACCAUGGUUCAAUCCAAAGCAACAAUGCAAGAAGCAGGUUUUACCUCGAGGCACAGGGAUCGAGAUGACCGAUGGAAUGAGCCUCCAUCCAGAAUAA